UUGCAGGAAGAAUACCACCAUGAGUGGAGUGAAGCGUAAGAUGUACGUGAAAGAGGAAAUGUCAUCGACCAUCCCAAAGAAAUAUGGGCGACGUUCGCGUAAUGUUAGGGAAGAAUUGGAUGACUUGCGGCAGUGUGCCGAUUUGGUGGACGCUUUACGUAGUUACAGGACUGUCGAUAAUCGGAUACUUUGUGAAAAUUUCAUCCGUGCACCAUCGCGUCGCACGGAUCCGAAAUAUUUUGACGUUGUCACGCAUCCGAUCGAUUUGACAAGAAUUCAACAGAAAAUUAAAACCGAAGAAUACAGCACUGUCGAGGAUCUUUCUGCAGAUAUCCGUCUAUUGGUCAAUAACAAUAAAGCUUACUAUAAGGAAGGCAGUCAAGAGUACAAAGAUGCUUGUGAAUUAUGGGAAUUAUUUGAGUUGCAGAGGAAGCAAAUGCUUGGGAGUAUUUCCGUCACAGAAAUGGAAGAACGCCAAAAGGAUAAGACACUUGAGACAAAACGCGAUGGAGUUUCAGUUGAUUUACUGGAAGAAAUCAUUGUCUGCACUUUGGAACUUACGGAUGAAACCGGCCGAUUGCUCAGCCCGCCUUUCCGUGUUUUACUCUCUCAAGAAGAAUUUCCUACUUAUUAUGACCGAAUCAAAAAACCAAUUGAUCUCAAACAAAUUGCGAUAAAGAUACGUUCCGGCGAAUAUCACACCUGGCAGCAAUUUGAUGCGGAUUUUCGAUUAAUGUGUAGAAAUGCAAAAGUCUUCAACGAAUUGGGUUCGAUGAUUAGUAAGGAUGCUUCUAUGUUGCUGAAAAAUUACAUGAAACGUAAGGCAGAAUUAUGCAGUUCUAAACACAAGCCAUUAACAAUUAAGAGGAUCAACGCAAAUAAACAAGUUCUGGAUGAACUGUUAACACAGGAUGCUACAGCUAAUUCGAGCGAAGAAUAUUCCGAGGAUUCGGAAGAAGAUGAGGAUUCGGAACAUAGCAGUGAGCCGAAAUGGGUACUGUACUGGACAAUUCGUAAUGAACCCAACCCAUUUGAUCGGGAAACUAAUCUAGCAGAUCCAUUUUUGGAGCUACCCAGCAAAAGCUGGUAUCCCGACUAUUUUGACGAAAUUUCUGAUCCCAUGUCUCUUUUUAUGAUAAACAAAAAGCUAAAACGUGGUGAAUAUCGUACGCUGGAAGAGCUUCUGAAAGAUAUUGUACUAGUUUUUGAAAAUGCCAAAACUUACAACGUUGAAGGUUCAGAUAUUUAUGAAGCAGCAGCAAAGCUGGAAAGGCUGGCAAGAUCAAAAGCUCGAACGUUGCAAAAAAACAUUAAAGUAACCGAAGCUGAAGAAAGGAUAUCAGAUAAAAGUACACAAUCGCUGACUGUUACACGAUCUGUCUGGAAGAAACUGCAGAAAAUGGGGGGAUCAAUAUCUACGCAAGCUACAACUUCAGGCCCAAAGCCAAAAUCAUUCGCUGUUCCAUCAUCGAACGUUGAAAACUCUGAGUUUAAAAGACGAGGAAGUGGCCGAGGAUACAGUGGUGACAUGUUAGCAGUUUUUCGGAGCAAACUGACAGUUUUAUGGAACACUGUUUAUGAUCACAUGGAUGGUAAACGACGUAUUGCUACUGCUUUUAUGUUCCUACCAUCGAGAAAAGAUUAUCCAGAAUAUUACGAUUAUAUUGAAAAACCUAUUGACUUAACCACGAUUAAACAUAAAAUUGAAACUGAUCAGUAUACAUCAACGAGUGAUUUCAUGAAAGAUAUGGAUCUACUUGUCCACAACGCAUGGGAUUUCAACGAGCCUGAUUCGCAAAUUUAUCGUGAUGCUACAACACUACAGUCUCUUGUCCGCAAUGCGCUUAGUGGAAUUCCAGACUUGCCAGUCUGUAAUCCCAAACAUUGUAAAAGCAAAAUUGGAUUAGUGAAGCCGAAUUUAGCACCGAAGAAGCAUAAAAAUUAUGGCAGUGGUGGUGAAAGUAGUAGAUGUAAUGAUCUUGAUUUUGAGGGUGACCUUUCUUGUGGCUCAAAUGUGUCGGUAUCCGAGGCCUUUCUUUCACAUAUACAUCUUCCGGAUAACCUUCGUUCCUCUUCACCUUCUUGUAGUACUUUGACGCCGACAGUAUCACCUAUGAAUGCUACUAAAACAGGCCGUGGUAUUUCGCGAAAAAUGUUUGGGUCCAAUUCUGAAUUGGAAUUUGAUAAGAUUAAAUUGUACGAAUUGUAUAAUCUUAUAAGGAAUCACAGAGAUGAACGCGGGCGUGAAUUGUCACUUCCAUUUUUGCAGUUACCAUCGAAAUUUGAUUAUCCCGAUUAUUAUGAUGUAAUCCGUAGACCAAUUGAUCUUACAAAAAUUCGGAAUCGGAUCACAUCAAAUUAUUAUGAUUCGACCGAUGCCUUGAUUAGUGAUUUCAAUUUGAUGUUUGAUAACGCUUGCCGUUAUAAUGAACCGGAGAGUAUGAUUUAUAAGGAUGCACUUUCGCUGCAAAAACUAAUUCUAUUGAAAAAACGCGAUUUAUGCAAAGAUAGCGCAUCAGCAAUAAAUGUACAGUCAGAAGUUCAAGCUCUUCUUGCCUCAAUUCUUAUUUCAGUUAAUAAUCAUCAGGACUCUGAUGGCCGGUGCUUCUCAGAUUCGUUGGCUGACUUACCGGGAAUGUUACGGAGAAAAGGGAUUGAUUCAGAGAACAUUCCAUUCUCCAUCGAUGAAAUGAAAAGAAAUGUAGAUAAGGGUCGUUAUCGUCGAUUGGAUAAGUUUCAAGAUGAUCUCUUUUUUUUGUUCAAUGUAGCGAUGGAGCAUGCCCAUUCCGAUUCUCAAGUUUUUGAAGAUACAGUCGAGCUUUGGAUGUAUUAUCUGAAGAUGCGUGAUGAUCUGACUCGUACUACGUUGCUCUCUCCUGCUCGUUGGUAUACCGAAAAAGUGCUGCUUACGCAUGUGGAUAAUAUUCGGAAACGUAAACUGUUAGAAGAGGCAAAAGAUGACGAGGAAAAUAAAAAAUCUGAGACUUUGGGGCCAAAAGCAGAUGAUGACAUUGUCCUGGAUUCAACUGGACAAGGUGGGGUCAUUUAUCGAGUAAAUGAUUAUGCAUAUGUAGCACCAGCAAGUGAAGAGACAGUGUCACAACGGCAUAUUAUGAGGAUUGAAAGGUUGUAUCGCGAUAGUGAUGGACAAACAUUUGCACGUGGUACUUGGUGCUAUCGACCGGAAGAGACGUUUCAUUUAGCUACACGGAAAUUUUGCGAAAAUGAAGUGUUCCUUACGUCUUACUAUGAUACGGUAACGGUGGAUCGCCUUAUUGGAAAAUGUCACGUCAUGCCGGUUCGACAGUUUAUGAGACAAAAACCAAAAGGCUUUGACGAUAGCGAUAUAUAUGUAUGUGAAUGCCGUUAUAUGGGCAGACAGCUUCAUUUCAAGAAACUGAAACACUGGCCAUACCAUCCGGAAGACGAGAAAGUAGAAUAUAUAAAGCGAGAAAAACCGCUAACAAUGAUAAAACGUGUCACGUCAGUGUUUGCAAGCCGGAAAACAUUCGAAACUCAUCCGGGUGCGAUGGUUGGCACAAACGAUGAUGAAUCAGUUGAUUCAAUUUCAUCUUUGGAAGACGAUCGUUUGAAGAAAUUACCUGUAGUUUUGGAAAAGGAAAGAGUGGAAGUUGUAUGUAGCGAUGUACCAGAAGUUGCCAAUAAAUCGAUGAUCUUUUACGAACAAAUGCAGUACAACGAUCGUUGGUAUCGGUUAGGAGAUUUUGUAUAUGUAUAUAAUCCGUUGAAAAAUCGAAAUGCAAUACUACGGGUCGAUAAAUUGUGGAAAACAGUUGAGGGUGAUGGAUUUUUCUCUGGGCCAUAUUUUGCACGACCUCGUGAAAUCAAGCACGAACCGGCACGGCUGUUCUAUAAGCAAGAAGUGUUUGCCGUCGAUCAGCCGGAUAUAACUAUCCCAUUGGAAAAUGUUCAAGGAUUUUGUGCAGUUAUGUCCGUUAAAGAAUACACCAAAGGACGACCAACGGAAAUUGAUGAAUCUGAUGUGUACGUUGUGGAAAGUAAAGUACGAGGUUACGAAGAUGGUGGAAAACGAUGCAGUUUAACAGGUUGUAAACCAUCGUACUAUAAAAAUGUUACAAAUGAUACAAAUGACUGUACAAUAGUAUCGACAAAUGAGCAAAAGGCAUCAUUAAAAGGUGAUAUGGAUCAAUUGCCGUCAACCGUAAAAACGAAGACGGAAGAUUUCCAUUCGAAUGUCCCAUCCACUUCGAAAAGUAUUGUCGAACAGCCUGGUGCUAUCAGUAAAUUGGGAAUUGUAUCGGCUUCCUUUUCAAGUAUUUCGGUAGAUGAUGACAGUAGCAGUGGGUCAAAUCAGGCUCCAGGCAACAUACGUAACACGCCUACAUCCAUUGACCAAGAAGAACCGAUGAACGAUGCACAUGCCAAAAAACUGAAGCACUCCUUAAAGACUUACAACUUAUCAUCGGAAGUCCUGGAACCGGAAAUUUACUAUUUCAAAACUCCAAUCACUAUGGAAAAGCCUGGACAGAUUCGAGUAUAUAUGUGCAAAUGGCAGACCUGUGACUUCCAAUACGAUAAUCCAGAGGAAUUAUAUGACCACGUGAAAACAGUACAUACUUCUCAAAUUGUUGUUGAUGGUGAAAAUCAAUUUGUGUGUCUAUGGACAUCAUGUUUAAAGUACAGGAAAGAUGGAAAACCGUUCCCUUCUCUUCCACGUCUUCAUCGACAUAUUAAGGAGAAGCAUCUAGCAACAUCGGCAAAAUCAAUAUAUCCAAAUCAGAGGAGCAAAAAUUACAUACCGACUUAUGUGCCUGGUUCGUCUGCCUCAUCAGUUAGUUCUGGAACAACAACAUUCGUAGCCGUUCAGCAACCAGCAAAUGGAACUCAACAAGUUCAUCAAACAUACACAAUUCAACAAGCGCCAUUAACAUAUGUUACUCAGGCAGUAGUUUCAACUCAUCAGAUUGUUGCCAAUGGAUACGUGAAUGGGACUGCAGUAGCUGUCGCACCAACGGCUUAUUUGGCAGCUACACCAACCGUCGUUCAUACCAGUUCUCAUGGUUACCAUCCAUAUCAUCAAGUACGGCAGGUUACGGCAUCGACCACACAACCAAUUGCUGUAGCAGCGCAGAACUACACAGCAGUACCACUGCAGACAGUGAGCUACACGGCACCAUCUACCUCACAACAAUCAUCUCCUGCUAUAACCGAUCCAGGUCGAACUGUUGUUCAAGCUCCGAAACCAGCGCAACCUGUAUUUGUUGCUCCACCAAAUACCGUACAAAUCAAGAGGGUUAUGCAUUCCGAAGUUUAUCUAAAAUACAUCGAAUCUUUAUCAACCAGUCAGCAAAGAACUGUAAGUAAAUAUAGCAGGAGUUUACUGGCGAACCAAAGGAAUACAACGCCACCGCAGAAAAUUUCUACGACGCAGUGGCUAAAAGAAGCCAAAGACAAUGGUGUCAGGGAUGAAGAAGUGGUGAAAGCAUUAUGGCGGCUUCGUGAUGCUUUAUUAGAAAGUACGGUGAAUAUAGCACGUGAAAUGGAUUGUACUGGUCCAUUAUAAGUUAUUUUUUUUUCUUCAACAAGAUAAACUUAAUAUGUUAAAAUCAUGGUAGUUUAUCCUUGGUUUUUAUUGUUACUUAUCAUUUAUCUUCCUUUGAUUUGUAUAUUUACGUAUGUGUAUUUCAUGAUGCUUUAAACAAUUAUAUUACUUUGCUAUGAGAUGUUUGCUGUUUAGAGGAAUCUCAUAGUGUGAUGUUAUCUAUAUCAGUGAUACGCAACUGCGUACUGAGCAUAACCAUCGUGUAUUUAAUCCGGGUUGGCUCUUUCAGUUCUCAGGUCAGUGUAUCCGUUAUAUUCGUGAACUGUUAGAAAGGCUUUUCACUGUUCUAAGUGACUUAUCCAAUUUCGAUGUCCAUUUCGAUUUUGGACUUCAGUUUCAUUUUCCUCCCAAGAAGCACCCGGUUCUAGCUCGAAUUUCUUUUUUCUUUUCGAACUUGAUUGUGUUAGGUGCGUAACGAAUGUGUGGUUUUCAAAGUUAUCUUGCAUUUGAGGAAACUCUUUGGAGUUUUCUUGAUUUGGGUUCGUUUUUUCUAGAAUGUAUAUGUUUAAUACUUGUUUGUAGUGAAAUAUCAGAUAGGAAAUGAAUUUGGUGAUAUUUGGAGCAGAAAUUCUUGAGCGCAUUCGGAGUUUUCACGAAAAUAGAUGUUCUGUCGAUAUUAAUAAUAAGUAAAAUUCAAG